AUGGGACGGCGUGCUCAAGGUUGGAGGGGCUGGGGGCAGCAGGGAGGGGCUCCCUGAGUGACUCGGCACCCCAAGCAGAAGGCUGGUGGGAAGCCUUCCAGUCCCGCAGUACCUGUGGCUCAGCCGUCACUCUGCACCUAAACCAGGUGGUCCAGAUGGCGGCGGCCCCUGGGCCCCAGAGGCCCUGGGAAAGGGUGGUAGAAGCAGGGAACAAGGAUCCCUGGGUCCCUGAGGACUCUAGACUGGCUACCAACUUCCCCACCCGCUGGGUCCAGCCACAGGCCAAAGCCUUGGCUUCCUGCAAACUUAGCUCCAAAAAAACAGGAAGAGAACCUGAAGCUGGAGUUGGGGUGGGGGUGGAAGAAGAAAGAAGUAAAGGCGGGUGGGCAGCUGCGGAGCAAUGGGAGCCCAGUGAAGAACCUCAGGCCGGUCCAUCGCCCCUGCGGAGGAUGUCACAGCCUGAGCCGCCACCUGCCUCAGCCAAGCUGCUGCUCAGGGGAAGCCCGGCCAGGUCCGCUCAGGUCCUGGCAGAGCCCAGCGCAGGGGCCUUGGAGCCUUGGGGGGUGCUCUGUGCCUGUGUCUCAGGCCCAUAUCUAUUUUCUCCACUGCUAAUCCUGGUUCCGCCUGCUGCCCCCCACACUAAGCCUCGCUCCCCUAAUCCCUAGGCUGGGGGGAAGGGGGGCCCACUCUACCCAGCUGCCCCAUUCAGGGCCUCCUAUCCCUGCCCUUCAGCUGGCUCAAGCCAGCACUGUUGGCCCAAGUGCCCCCCACCCAGCCCUGGACGCUGCCAAGGUCAGCCCUUGGGAAAGGGUUCCGGUGGUGUCUUUUUCUUCCCAAGACAGGGCCAGUGUCAUGCCUUUUGGUUUCUUUUCUUGGUGGUGCACCCACCUUGGCAGGUGCCUUUGGGCGUUGAGGGGCAGAUGACAGGGACUUUCACCUUUGUCCCCUCCCACUUUUCUCACCCUCGGUCUUCCCCUAGCCAAAGACGGGCAGGCUUGACUCAGGGCCCAGUUUCAAGAGAGCUGCCCACCGGCUUGGCCGGUCUAGCAGGCCUGACAGUGAGGGGAGCCUGGGGGGGUGGCGGGAAAGAGGGGACCGAUGGGGCGGGGCCCCCAGAUCUUCCCCCUACCAGGCAAACAGACCGAACAGACCCUGCCUGGUUCCUUGGCACAGCUGUCCCCCCAGCUACCACACACACCCAUGCCCAUGAGGUCUUAGCAAGAGGGGGCAUGCCAGGGUAGGUGGGGAUGGGGCAUCUGGGAUGCAGAGGAGGGAAGGGUGCACAAGUGGGGUGGGCACCCUGACACCAUGGCUCCACCCUGGCUACCAAAGGGGAGAAUUCCCCUCCCCGAUGAUGGGGCUAGGAGUGCCCCCAUGGCCUGGUUGGCACCAGCACAGUUCCAGGUGGCAUCUCUGCUGGCAUGGGUUCUGGAGCCCUGGGUAAGGGCUGGGGAAGUUUCCCAGAAUCUGGAGAGGCACAGGAACACCUCCCUUUGUGCUCUUGCCUCUCCCUCUCCUUCCUUGCUACCUCUUGGCCAUGGGCAUUGGAUUUGGGCCUAAGGGGUUAAACACCCACCCUUACCCAAGCCCUCAGUUUCGUGCUGAACCAGCCUGUCUGUGACCUGACAGCAGGGUCAGCCAGUCAGCACCCCUGCCACGCCAAGUUGCCAUGGAGACUGGCCCUGGGGUGGGAGAAAGGAGGCGGGCUUAGUAGCAGGAAUGGGUGGGGUGGGUAGGGAAGGAGAGAGGGCUGGGUUGAGCCACGUGCUUGCGGGUGCCCAUCUCCUAGCCAAUGGACAGCCAGGGCAGGCCCCCUAGGAGGGACAGGACCCACUUGGGCCCAGGAUGUCGCCCACUGUUGCUUAGGUGGCCGCCACUGCCACUGCCCACCUGGUUUUUGUUUGUUCCUUAGUCCUGAGGCCAUUUGCCAUUUGUGCUGUUUGUAAAGUACAGGGAGGAGACCCAGCAGGAGCAAGAAGAACACUCAGACUGCCUGACCUAGGGAGGGAGGUGGCCUGGGGGCCUGAGGUGGGAAGGGGUGGCUCAAAGAGGUACCAGGUGUGGCCUCCCAGGCUGCCCUCCCAAGGCUUCCAUGCAGGAGUCCUGGCACUGUGUGAAGGUGACAGGCAGAGGCGGACAGAGACAAUACUGUUCUUGUGUCCCAAAGAGGAAAUCUGUGGCCCUUGACUCCCCGCCACCUUGCAAAAAGUCUUUCCCCAUCAAUGGCUGGGCCUGAACAGCAGCUGGCAUGUCAGAAAGGACACUGACAAUUGUCCUUAGGUCAUCUGCACUGCCUUCAAUAUUAAAGACGAGGCGCAGGCCUCCUCUGGAAGGGAAGUGACUUGUCCUAGGUCGGCUAGCGCCUUAGUAACCAGGCCCCUCGGGGUGACUGCAGGGAGGGAGGCCAUGUGUGUGGUGGAAUCUGCCCCAGGGCGGGUGAGGCCAAGGCAGACCACUUACUGGACCCCUGCUGUGUGUUAGGCAAAGCUGUGUCCUCCUCUGGCUCCCUCACCCUUUACCGCAACCCCCAGGAGUCAACUGGAAUUCUCCCAUAUUGUAGGAUGAGGAAAGAGGCUUGAAGAUUAAGUCACUUGUUUAAGGUCACAGAGCUAAUCUCGGCAGAUUGAGGGUUCAAACCCAAGCCUGGCUGACCCCAGAACCCUGCUCCUUCCAGGACCCAGCCGAGUCUCCACCUACUCUGCGCCACACGAGCGUCUCAGCAUUGCUGCGUGUGACCAGCUGCUGCCCAGGAGAGCCUGAGCUCGCCCAAGCCACGAGGAGCCGUGAGGAGGUCCCGCCACACAGGCGGUUAUCCAGGGUUCAGAUGAACUGAGGCUGGCUGCUGAGGCCACCAGAGUCCUUUGGCCAGGGUGUCCGAGGCCUAGACCAGAACGUAUGGGGAGAGGCGAAGAUGGGGAGCCCCGAGGAUGACCUGAUUGGAAUCCCGUUCCCGGACCACAGCAGCGAGCUCUUGAGCUCCCUCAAUGAGCAGCGCCAGCUGGGCCACCUGUGUGACCUCACCAUCCGGACGCAGGGCCUCGAGUACCGCACGCACAGGGCCGUGCUUGCAGCCUGCAGCCACUACUUCAAGAAGCUCUUCACGGAGGGGGGCGGUGGGGCCAUAGUGGGCUCAGGGGCCGGGGGAUCAGCUGCUGGGGGCGCCGGGGCCGGCGUGUGUGAGCUGGACUUCGUGGGGCCGGAAGCGCUGGGUGCCCUGCUUGAAUUCGCCUACACAGCCACGCUCACUACCAGCAGCGCCAACAUGCCAGCUGUGCUCCAGGCCGCCCGACUGCUGGAGAUCCCCUGUGUCAUCGCCGCCUGCAUGGAGAUUCUGCAGGGCAGCGGGCUGGAAGCUCCCAGCCCGGACGAGGACGACUGUGAGCGCGCCCGGCAGUACCUAGAGGCCUUUGCCACUGCCACGGCUUCAGAAGUCCCUAAUGGUGAAGACAGCCCUCCACAGGUGCCCCUCCUGCCACCGCCGCUGCCACCACCUCGGCCUGUUGCCCGCCGCAGCCGCAAGCCCCGGAAAGCUUUCCUGCAAACCAAGGGGGCCCGGGCGAACCACCUAGUCCCUGAGGUGCCUGCUGCAGUGCCCGCCCAUCCCCUGACCUACGAGGAGGAAGAAGUGGGCAGAGUGGGCAGCAGUGGGGGCAGUGGCCUGGGCGACAGCUACAGCCCUCCCACAGGGACUGCCUCGCCUCCUGAGGGGCCCCUGAGCUAUGAGGGCUAUGAGGGUGAAGAGGAGGAGGAAGAGCUGGUUUAUCCCCCGGCCUAUGGGCUGGUGCAGGGUGGGGGGGGAGCCCUUUCCCCUGAGGAGCUAGGCUCAGAUGAGGAUGCCAUCGACCCUGACCUCAUGGCCUACCUGAGUUCCCUGCACCAGGAUGCCCUGGCACCGGGCCUGGAUGGCCAAGACAAGCUGGUUCGUAAACGUCGCUCCCAGAUGCCCCAGGAGUGCCCAGUCUGCCACAAGAUCAUCCACGGAGCAGGCAAACUGCCGCGCCACAUGAGGACCCACACGGGUGAGAAACCCUUUGUCUGUGAGGUCUGUGGCGUCCGCUUCACCAGGAACGACAAGCUGAAGAUCCACAUGAGGAAGCACACGGGAGAGCGGCCCUACUCGUGCCCGCACUGCCCAGCCCGCUUCCUGCACAGCUAUGACCUCAAGAACCACAUGCACCUGCAUACAGGGGACCGGCCCUUCGAGUGCCACCUGUGCCACAAGGCUUUCGCCAAGGAGGACCACCUGCAGCGCCACCUCAAAGGCCAGAACUGUCUGGAGGUGCGCACCCGCAGGCGCCGCAAGGACGAUGCGCCGCCCCACUACCCUCCACCCUCCGCUGCUACCCAAUCCCCCGCCAGCCUCGACCUCUCCAAUGGCCACCUGGACACCUUCCGCCUCUCGCUGGCUCGGUUCUGGGAGCAGUCGGCCCCCUCAGGGCCUGCGGUGUCCACCCCAGGACCCCCAGAGGAGGAGGAGGAGGAGGGGGCUCCCAGCACGCCCCAGGCCGAAGCUGCCUUGGAGUCCUCUUAGAGGCCCGAGUGGCUGGGCAAGCGGCGAGGCGGGACCCCUGCCAAGCAGGGGGAGCGUGGGACGGCAGCCUCUGAGUUGGCAGCCCCUCUGCCCCAGCCUCAUUGGGCUGCCCCAACCUCAUUCAGCUCGAAGCUGAGGUUUGGGACCAGGGUCUCCCUGGGAGGGGAGCGACACGAUAUUAUGUAUAUAUCCCCAGCUCUGUUGUAAAGGUGGGCCGGCCCUGUCCCCAGCUGCCCCUGGGGAGCAGAAGCAAUAAUGUAUUUCUGAUCUGUGGGGGUCCCACUUCGGCUAUGCGGGUUUCUAGGGCACAGGAGCUUGGGACCAAAGCCUCCCCCUGCUCCCCUGCCUCAGGGGUUUUGGCCGUGUAAGGGGGGGCGAAGGACUGCCCCUCCCUUCCGAGACCCCUCCUUCCUGGUUUCUGUUCCCUUUUCCCAGCAGCGAAUUAUGCAAAAGCGGUGGCAAAGGAAGGGUAGGUGGGGAGAGAAAGGUGGACGCCGGGAGGCCGGGAGUGGGGAGUGGGGGGCGACUGGGCCUGUGAGGAAGGAGCCACCCCGCCCUCCGCCCUGCCGCGCUGAGUCAUGGGGUCCUGGAGAAGGGGCGGGGUGGC